AAUAGGCAGGGGAGAGCAAUGACUAUUUCCUGUUUACUAAGCAUGUGGAUUUAACGAGAAGCAUGGAAGACGCCGAAGCAACGGACGUAACAGCCAAGUCGUUUUUAGAUCUUGGUGUUGUUGAUGUGCUUGCAAGUGCUUGCGAGCAAUUGAAAUGGAAGGUUCCAACAAAAAUUCAGAAAGAAGCCAUUCCAGUGGCAUUGUCAGGAAGAGAUGUUAUUGGUCUUGCCGAAACAGGAUCUGGUAAAACUGGAGCCUUUGCUCUCCCCAUCUUGCAAGCACUGUUGCAGGCGCCACAGAGAUUGUUCGCUCUUGUCUUGACACCUACACGAGAGCUUGCUUACCAGAUUUCUGAGCAGUUUGAAGCCUUGGGUUCAUCUAUUGGUGUUAAGUGUGCUGUGAUUGUUGGAGGGAUGGACAUGAUGACCCAAGCAAUUAUGCUUGGCAAGAAGCCUCACAUAAUUGUUGCCACUCCUGGUCGGCUAGUUGAUCACUUGGAAAAUACAAAAGGCUUCAGUCUCAGAUCUGUGAAAUACCUGGUAAUGGAUGAAGCUGACAGGAUCUUGAAUAUGGAUUUUGAAUCAGAGGUAGAUAAAAUACUGAAGGUGAUUCCAAGAGAGAGAAGGACAUACUUGUAUUCAGCCACAAUGACAAAAAAGGUUCAGAAGCUACAAAGAGCAUCACUUGUGGAUCCCGUUAAAGUGGAAGUUUCUAAUAAGUAUCAGACAGUUGCCACCCUUCAGCAGUCCUAUAUAUUCAUCCCAGCUAAGUAUAAGGAUGUCUACCUGGUGUACAUCUUAAAUGAACUUGCAGGCAACUCCUUCAUGGUGUUCUGCAGUACAUGUGCCAACACCCAGCGCAUCGCUCUCUUGUUGCGCAACAUGGGCUUUACUGCCAUUCCUCUGCAUGGGCAAAUGAGCCAGGCAAAAAGAUUGGGUGCUCUUAAUAAAUUUAAGAGCAAAGAUCGAUCUAUCCUAAUUGCCACUGAUGUUGCCAGCAGAGGCCUUGACAUCCCACAUGUGGAUGUUGUGUUGAAUUUAGACAUCCCCACUCACUCAAAGGACUACCUCCACAGAGUUGGUCGCACAGCACGUGCAGGCCGAUCUGGCAAAGCCAUCACUUUUGUUUCACAAUAUGACGUGGAGCUGUAUCAAAGGAUUGAGUACCUUAUCAACCAGAAGCUUCCACUAUACAAAACAGAGGAGCAGGAGGUGAUGCAGCUGAUGGAACGAGUGACUGAAGCUCAGCGCAUUGCCAAGAUGGAAAUGAACGAUGCUGUUGACAAGAGGAAGAAGAGAAAAGCUCGUGAUGAUGAUGAUAAGGAAGACACAGAAGAAUCCAGGGGGAUUCGCAAACAGUUUAAAAAGAAAAAGAACAAGAAAUGAAUUUCUUCUACAUUUUUAUGUUUAUUGGAAAACUCUGAUGGUGCAAGCUGGAUGCAUGUUAUUGUCUGCAUGAAUGGGAGGUAUGGGGUGGGUGAGCGGAAGAUGUAGAGUGACUGGCUUUGUGUGUUUUCAAGAACACUUAGCUCAUUAAACGUGCUGUUCACUGUAGAGAGAA